AUGCACCUAAGAGUAAAGAACAAAGCAAGAUAGAGAUUGUAAGAGAGAAAUUCAAAGAAAUUUACCUUUAUAAAUGUUUCAGAAGAAAAGACUAAACUAAUUCUAAGUUCAGAUGUAUCUAAACUGAGAUAGCUAUAAAUUGAAGGGAGAGAGCUAAACUUGAUAACUGAAGAAUACUAUGAUUAAGCAUUAAGAGAGGCUGAAGAAAAAGAUAAGUAAAGAGAGCUUGCAAUAAAAAAUGGGAGAGUCAGUGAGCUCGGUUUGCUUCAUGGAAUUCCAAUAUCUAUAAAAGAUCAUAUAUGUGAGGAGGGUAAACAUUCAACUGUCGGAGUUAUGAGUUUUGCAGAUAAUAUAGCUUAAGAGGACGCUAUUGUUGUACAGUAACUCAGAGCAUAAGGAGCUAUUCCAAUGGUAAAAGGAAACACACCUUAGUUAUUGCUUUCAUUGGUAUCUGAAAAUGAUAUCUAUGGCAAAGCUUUGAAUCCUCAUGAUACUAGCAGGACUUGUGGUGGAAGCUCAGGAGGUGAUGGAGGCCUAGUAGCAUCAAAAUGUAUACCUCUCGCUUUUGGAACAGAUAUUGCAGGUUCAAUUAGAUGUCCCUCUGAGUUUUGUGGAAUAUAUGGGUUUAAACCAACAACAUUGAGAGUUUCAAGUAAAGAUAUAAUAAUGCCACUUCCUAAUGGAUCAGUUCCAUAAUGUGUAUUCUAAGAAACAACUGGACCACUUGGUUACUCUGCAAAUGAUUUAAAGCUAGGUACUUAAUCAUUAAUGGGCGAGGAGCUUUUUAGAAAAGACCCGAAUGUUAUUCCACUCCCUUUUGAUGAAUAGAGAUACCAAGAAACAUUAGCUAAGAAAAAACUGAGAUUUGGAUAUUUUUAUGGAACUGAUAUUAUUGGAUCAACUACUUCUGUUAAAAGGGCUAUUUUAAUGACCAAGGAAAAGUUAGUCAAAUUAGGACAUGAAUUCAUACCAUUUUAAUUUUCAAAAAAAGAAGCACAGGAAUAUGUUGAUAUACACAUGAUUUGCUGUACAUUCGGAUGUUAAGGACAGUUAAGUAGCAUGUUUAAGUAAUAGCAUGAUAGACCUAUUCCAUUACUCAAGACUUCUUUUGAUUUCUACAACUAUCCCCGCUUCUUUUAGAAAAUUCUUUCUGCUUACUACUCUAGAUUUGUCUGCGAAAGAAUAGGGGGAGUGCUAGCCUUGACAAAAGAAUGCAGUCGUGAUGAAAUAGAUGACGUCUUAAGAAGAAAAGCAAGAUUCACUGAAGAUUUCAUAUAAAGAUGGGAAGAUAUGAAACUUGAUGCGAUGAUAUCUCCCACUUACCCAACUUGUGCUUUCAAAUUUGAAGACCAGGAAGAUAUUGGAUUUUCUACUGAAUACCAAGUACUUUGGAAUGUGGUGAAUUUCCCAACUGGCUGCGUUCCUAUCACUGAAGUACUGGAAGAUGAGGAAGCCGAUGAAGCCUAUUAAGAAAAGCCAAAUGAUGUGAUUACAGCUGCCUUCAAAAGAACAAUUAAGGGGAGCAAAGGAAUGCCAGUAGGGAUUUAAGUUUCUACACCUAGAUGGAAAGAUGAAGAAUGCCUUGCAAUUAUAAAGAUAAUAGGAGAUUAGUUCAAUUUCAUAAAAAUGGCCCCUUAAAUUUGA